GGCUUGGCCGAGACAUAACAGGGUGGUCUGGGUGUCCAUCGUGUCAUGCAGGAAAGGCUCGGGCUUUCGGGUUCAAAACAUGUCGCAGCUGAGUGAAUAUGAGACCUUCGAGCCCACAACCCAUCCCUGGGGGGUCACAAUAUCCUUAAUAUCCUUCCUGGCCAUUGUGAUAUCCUUCUGCUCGCCUUACUGGCUCAAAAACGACGGCGAGCUGAGUGAGGGCCAUUUCCUAAACACGGGUCUUUGGGAAGCCUGUUUCAGCAAUUACCAUGACUAUACCUACCGCUACGACAGAAUUUAUGAUGGCUGCUACUGGACAUUGGACGAGGAAACCCAUGUUAUAGCAGAGCAGCUAAGACGACGUGAGUAUUUUAAGUGUAAUUUAUAUGCUGAAAUGGGUGCCUUAACUAGCCAGCUAUAG